CGUCAGUAGUUGGACUCGUCCUAGUCAGCCGCCUGGAUGACGUGGCAUAUUUCCAAAUGAGGAGAGGGUUUGCUGAACUUAACCCACCACGUGUAUUAAUGCGGAUAAGCACAUAAUACAGAUCACUUGACCUAGUAGUUAUUUAAUUCAUCUUAAACACUUUAACUAAUGCGGAUAGAAUAUGCUUAUCGUUUAAAAAAAAAAAAAAAUCUAACAAACUUCGAAAAGAGUUAAGCUAUCGCCUCGAUUGGGCCCAACAAGAAGAUCCAACUACCCACCGACAUUAGGUCUUCAUGUAGCCCAAUUCUCAAGCCCUAAAAAUCAGACGCCAUCGAAGAGCCAUCAUCCAAUCGAAGCCCAUUCUCUCUCCGAUUAUGAAUUUACAACGGUUACCAGUUCAAAAACAGAAACGGCAGUCUCCUUAUCUUCUUCCUCUUUCACCUCUAUCCUCUCUCUCUCUCUCUCUCAAACUUCACUCCCUUUCUCUUCUUUUCCAGUCUCCCUCCUCAAUGCUAUUAUGCACUUACUCACCAAUUCUCUCUCUUUCCUUCCUUACAAGAGGUCUUUCUCUCUCCCAGACGCAAUGCCCUCACUACCGCCACCACCGCCUUUCCCAUUCCUCAACCCAAACUCCCGCCAUUUUCGACUCCCUCCAAACCCUAAUUCCAAUGUUGUUCGAGGAGUGAGAUUCGACGGCCCGGUAGUCGAAAUCGGCCAAGUAUCGCAAACCGAAGACGGAGACUUGGUUAUCGAGACCUGCGUCACGCGGACGCUGACUCCGGCGUUGACUCUUGAGCAUGGGCUUCAAAAGAUCAAUGAGGUAGUUGAAGAGUUCAAGCUCAAUCCUCCUUCUACUCCUAGUGGAUUUCAUAGGUUUCAGGUGGCUGUGCCUCCGAGUGCCAAAGCCUUGAACUGGUUUUGCAGUCAACCGGAGUCGUCUGCUGUUUAUCCUCUGUUUUUCAUCUCCAAGGAUACCGAAAAUCCGAGUUUAAAAUCACUGUAUGUGAAUGAAACCCGAGGAGUUUUUGGAAUUGGUGCCGCAGUUUACUAUACUCCGUCGUCGUUUUCUUCUUCUUCGUCUUCUAGGAUCAAGAGAUAUUUAUCAAAUGAAUCAACCUCUGUAAUAGCUUACGGUUUUAUGGAUAAUAAUUACGACCAAGAGUCAUCUUUCAUGAAGCAUCAAGCGGGCUCGUAUUACUUUUUCGUUCCUCAGAUUGAGUUAAACGAGUAUGAGGGCACUUCUAUUUUAGCAGCAACAAUUGCUUGGAGUGACUCUUCCCUUUGUACAUUUGAGGACGCCAUUCAUUCUUACGAGUUAUGUUUCAACCAGGCCAGUUGUCAUAUUUGGCCCACAGCAAAGAGCAACCACACCAUGAAUAUAAGAUGUACUCUUAGAAAGCUCAAUCUUGAGGAGGAUGGAACUAUUCCCAUGGUAUACAUGAACGCUCUGUCAUCAAGAAGAAAAUAUGUUGUGGCUGACAUCAUGGCACUGAAAGAGGCUCCAUCUUCCUGCCAGUUUUGUAUCAGGCUUUCACCUACCAUUGCUGUUGCUAGUAACAUGGGAACAAACUUGGGUGAAUAUUGUUCAGGAUUUGUGUCUCUUUCUACUCAGCUGGAUCAAGCCCAUAAAAUGUGUUACUCAGCUCAUGAUUGUGCCAAUAUCAAUACUGUUUGGGCAUCGCUUAUAAUUGAAGAAUGUUGUCGACUUGGUUUGACGUAUUUUUGUAUAGCUCCAGGAUCAAGAUCAUCCCCUCUUGCUGUUGCUGCUUCUACUCAUCCUCUUAUUACUUGUAUUGUAUGCUUCGAUGAGCGCUCACUUGCAUUUCAUGCUGUUGGUUAUGCAAGAGGAUCUCACAAACCAGCAGUAGUCAUAACAUCAUCUGGAACUGCAGUUUCAAACCUUCUUCCUGCUGUGGUCGAGGCUAGUCAAGAUUUCGUACCGCUUCUAUUGCUCACAGCUGACCGUCCUGCAGAAUUGCAGGAUGCUGGGGCAAACCAAGCGAUCAAUCAGGUAAACCAUUUUGGUUCCUUUGUGAGGUUUUUCUUCAGCCUUCCUGCACCUACUGAUCAUAUUCCAGCACGGAUGGUGCUUACGACACUUGACUCUGCUGUACAUUGGGCAACCUCUUCACCAUGUGGCCCUGUUCAUAUUAACUGUCCUUUCAGGGAGCCACUGGAAAAUAGCCCUAGAAAAUGGAUGUUGAGCUGUUUGAAAGGAUUAGACUUUUGGAUGUCCAGUGCCGAACCGUUUACUAAGUAUAUUCAAGUACAACGUGUUCAUGCGUAUGAUGAUGGUUGUGGCCAAAUGUCAGAGAUUAUGAAUGUAAUUAAAGGCAGUAACAAAGGGCUUCUACUUAUUGGUGCAAUCCAUUCAGAAGAUGAGAUGUGGGCAGUUCUUCUCUUGGCUAAACACCUUCAGUGGCCUGUUGUAGCUGACAUCUUGUCAGGAUUACGAUUGAGAAAGCUUUUGACUGCUUUUCCAGAAAUUGAAGAUGAUUUAUUAUUUGUUGAUCAUCUUGACCAUGCUCUACUAUCUGAUUCUGUACGCAGUGGGAUAAAUCUUGAUGUGAUUAUUCAGAUUGGGAGUAGGAUUACAAGCAAGCGUGUUGCUAAGAUGCUAGAGGACUGCUUUCCAUGCUCUUAUGUCAUGGUUGACAAGCAUCCAUUUCGUCAAGAUCCUUCUCAUAUUGUAACCCAUAGAAUCCAAAGUAGCAUUGUUGAAUUUGCUGAUUAUUUAUGUAAAGCUGGAUUUCCCCAUAUGAGCAAUGAAUGGAGCGCUUAUCUUCGAAUGCUAAAUGCAAUGGUUGCAAGGGAGUUGUCAUUUCAAAUUUAUGCCACAGACUCCUUGACUGAACCUCAAGUUGCACACGUAGUAUCCGAAGCACUUUCAGCUGAGUCUGCUCUUUUCAUUGGGAACAGUAUGGCCAUACGCGAUGCAGACAUGUAUGGGCGUGGUUGGUCAGGCUGUAGUGAUCGCAUUGCAGACGUGACUUCAAAAUCAGAACUACCCCGUCAUAUGAUUCGGGUGGCUGGGAAUAGAGGUGCAAGUGGUAUUGAUGGGUUACUCAGCACAGCUGUUGGCUUUGCUGUAGGAUGCAAUAAACAAGUGCUUUGUGUGAUUGGAGAUGUUUCUUUCCUCCAUGAUACAAAUGGCUUGGCAAUUGUGAACCAGAGGACAUUGCGGAAACCAAUGACGAUAGUUGUAAUUAAUAAUCAUGGUGGUGCAAUAUUCAGUCUUCUUCCUCUAGCAGAUAGAGUUGAGCCAAGAAUACUAAAUCAAUACUUCUACACCUCUCACAAUGUUUCAAUCCAUGAGCUGUGUGCGGCACAUGGUGUGAUGCAUCUACAUGUGAAAACAAAGUUGGAGCUUGAAGAUGCAUUAUUCACAUCUCAACAUGAAGAGGUGGAUCGUGUCAUUGAAGUUGAGAGCUGCAUAGAUGCCAAUGCCACCUUUCACAGUUCUUUAAGAAAGUUUGCCUGCCAAGCAGCAGAUCAUGCGAUGAGCCUCUUCUCAAGGCUUUCUGUUGAAGACUCAACAGAAGAUGGUGCUUUACUUUACAGAGUCCACAGAAUGGAGUAUUCAUCAUUUAGUAUACCACUCUGUGCUCCUCCUACUAUGAUUUCUGUUGAUGAUAAUGAGACCAGGUUCUAUAGAGAAGGGUUUAUUUUAACUUUGUAUCUUGAAGAUGGAAGCGUUGGGUUUGGUGAGGUUUCUCCUCUAGAUAUCCACAGAGAAAGCCUGCUAGAUGUAGAAGAGCAACUGAGGUUUCUUAUUCAUAUGAUGAAAGGUGCUCAGAUUAGUUGCUUCCUUCCUCUGCUAAAGGGCUCAUUUUCUUGUUGGAUAUGGACAAACCUGGGAAUCCUGCCAUGCACGCUCCUUCCUAGUGUCAGAUGUGGUUUGGAAAUGGCAAUUCUCAAUGCAUUAGCGACAAGACAGGGUUCCAAUUUAUUAGGCAUACUCCAUCCCCGGAAAGCUGAAGGAGGUAUAUCUGAAAAUUCGUCAACAGUUCAGAUUUGUGCCCUUGUUGAUUCAAAGGGAACACCUACACAAGUAGCUGAUGUUGUUGCUGCACUUGUUGAAGAAGGAUUUACUGCAGUAAAGCUGAAGGUAGCACGUCACGGGAGUCCCUUGCAUGAUGCUGCAGUUAUACAGGAAAUAAGAAAGAAAGUUGGAUACCAGAUUGAAGUUCGUGCAGAUGCCAAUCGGAACUGGACAUAUAAAGAAGCUAUCCAGUUUGGCUCCUUGGUGAAGGAUUGUGAUCUGCAGUAUAUUGAGGAACCUGUUCAUAAUGAAGGUGAUAUUAUCAAGUUUUGCGAAGAAAGUGGGUUACCCGUGGCACUGGACGAAACUAUUGACAGUAUCAGAGAACAUCCACUUCAUACGCUAGUGAAGUAUACCCAUCCAGGAAUAGUAGCUAUUGUUAUUAAGCCUAGUGUUGUUGGUGGCUUUGAAAAUGCAGCAAUAAUUGCCCAAUGGGCCCAGCAGCACCAAAAAAUGGCUGUUAUUAGUGCUGUAUUUGAAAGUGGCCUAGGUUUGUCAGCAUAUAUUCAGUUUUCCUGUUAUCUCAACCAGAAGAAUUCAGAAAUAUGUGAAAUGAUGAAUUAUGCAUUGGCCCCUUCAAUAGCGCAUGGUUUAGGAACAUACCGCUGGUUAAAAGAAGAUGUAACUACCACUCCUCUCAAGAUAAGUUGUAAUCCAGAUAGUGGCUCCGUAGAAGCAUCUGUUGCUGAUGCUGAUCAAGUUCUUCGGAAAUUUCAAAUUAAUCGCAACAUAAUUCAUGGAACUUUUACUGGAGAGCAAGGUUGUGUAUACCAGCUGCCUGUAGAUUCAAAGGAUUUCUCUUGUUCCAUCAAAGUCCACGAGAUUGGACAAAGAUAUGAUGAUAAUGUAUUUGUAUUUCUUCAUGGGUUUCUUGGAACUGGUGAAGAUUGGAUUGCUAUCAUGAAGGCCAUUUCAGGAUGUGCGAGAUGCGUUGCGAUCGACCUCCCUGGUCAUGGUGGAACAAAGAUACAGAACCAUGGCGAUAACGAUGCGACACAGGAUUCAGGUUUAUCAAUUGAGGUGGUUGCCGAUCUUUUAUGUGAAUUGAUAAAGCAUAUUACGCCUGGGAAGGUUACCAUUGUGGGAUAUUCUAUGGGAGCAAGGAUCGCGCUCUACAUGGCUCUAAGGCUUACUGACAAAGUCAAGGGAGCUGUUGUAAUAUCCGGAAGCCCUGGAUUAAAAGAUGAAGUGGAAAGAAAAGUUCGUAGAGCUAAAGAUGACUCUAGAGCACGCUUUCUUAUUGCUCAUGGCUUAGAGCUCUUUCUGGACAACUGGUACUCUGGAGAGCUGUGGAACAGCUUAAGAGUCCAUCCUCGAUUUUGUCAGAUAGUUGGCACCCGCCUGCUUCAUGAAGAUGUGCAGAGUCUUGCAAAAGUUCUAUCUGCUUUAAGUGUUGGGAGGCAACUGCCAUUGUGGGAAGACUUAAGGCACUGCAAAACACCCCUUUUGCUCAUUGUUGGAGAGAAAGAUAGAAAGUUCAAGACAAUAGCUAAGGAUAUGUGCCUUGAGAUCGGUGGUGGUACGGUGACUGGUGACAGCCCGCCUAAUGACAUUUCCGAGAUAGUUGAGAUUCCAGAUUGUGGCCAUGCUGCUCAUCUCGAAAACCCUCUCCCUGUAAUCAGCACAUUGAGGCGGUUUUUGACAAGAGUGAACUCAUCAAACCAGAAGGCCAUUUAGAGAUGUUGAGAACAGAAGAAGAUCUAAGAAGUCGGGCUUAAGCGAGGGUCUACGCACAUGCAUUGGCCAUCAACACAUUUGAGAUUUGCCCCUGCACAAAUGAUUCCUUGGCAGUCAUGAACAACAGAGCAAACCUUGCCAAUAAUCUGCCUUUGUUUUUUGCAUCUGCAUUCUCCAUCGAUACAGAAGGCCCUUGCCCCCAACACACAUGGUUCCUUCACAGUCACAGCUAGUCCAACAUUGGCCUAUUUCAGGUGCCGACGACCAACAUACAUGUGCAUUUGUCGUCAAUACAAACAACUGUGCCUGAAAUGCAUUCGGGUAUAUUGCAGUCAGCGUUAGCAGAACAGUGUUCUUGAACCAAACUGCUGACUUCUGCUCCUGGCAACCUUGAAAAUGCUACACCUGCAAACAAUGUUUCAUUACUGACCACUAUAUGUGUAGAUGUAACACAAACACUCAUAUGGGAGAAAUAGAGAGAGCUCACAAGUUGCAGUGACAAAAGAAGAUGACCCGUAUAGUUGUGUUAGUUGUAGCCUUCACCAUAAUAAGGUUUGCUCCUACAUACUAAGUGAGCUGUUUUGGGCUGUAUUUAUAUGUCUAGUUUUAACGCCAAAGAAAGCUAAAAAUGGCAGGUUAAUAAAUUAAUUUCCAAACUAUGGGGAUGUUUGUCUUAGAUACAUGUGGGAAACCCACCACAUCUGCAUACAAAAUUAGCCGAUCGACAAAACUAUUAUUGAAGAAUCAAUUUUGCUAUUUAUAUUUCUCCAGUUAUUUUGAUUUUAUGGAACUUGGAGAAGAAAACUAAAUCUAAGAAGACAGGCUCAAGGGAUGGUAGUCAACGCAAAAUGCAUUUGCCAUCGUUACAUCUGAGAUUUCCCCGUACACAAUACAUUCCUUUGCUGUCACUAACAUUAGAACAAGACUUGCCAACCCUCCUUCUGUCUAUGCAUUUGCAUACAAGUCUUCCAGAGUCACGGCCAGUCCAACUUUCGCCUAUUUCAGGCGUCCGGACUAUUUCCGGUGCCGGCGCGUCAGCCCCAACGAAAACAUCUAUGCAUGUUCAUUUGUUGUCAAUACUGUUGUCAAUACAAAUAACCCGGCCUUCAAAGCAUUCAGUUUUAUUGCAGUCAGCGGUAGUGGAACAUUGUUCCUGAACCAAGUUGCUGGCUUCUGCUCUUGUUGGCAACCUUGAUGUUAGUUUAUGGGAGAAGAGGUUUAGGAAAAUAGAUUAACUUGGAAUGAAAACUUUUGAAAGAGUAACAAAGUAGUUUUACUUGAAUGAAGCAGGAAAGGUAUAAGGCUUGAUUACUUGAGUUGGA